CCCCCCCACAUCACAAUGUCAAACAACGACGAACCCCCAAAGCGCAGCUACACGCUCGACGGGCGCCCAGUCGACGACGCCGCGCUCCCCGAGUCGUGGGGCCGCAGUGCGCCGCGCGUCGGGCGCGUCGGCGACUGGAACAACGACUCGGGACGGGCCAGCCCGAGCGGGUCGCGCGUCGCCGGGCUCGGCGACAUCAGCCGUGACCCCCCGCGUCGUCGCCAGGACCAGGAAGGCGCCGAGCUGUAUGCCGGCGGCGAGCGCAGCGGCCUCGCGGUGCAGAACCCCGACGGACCGGCACGCCCCGACGGGCCAGGCAGCACCGGCCGCCACGGGGGCAGCGCGCGCAGCAUGGUCGAGGACAUCCUGCAGCAGGCGAUGAGCUCUGGCCCGCCGUCGCGCUCCAGCCCGGCGCCGCGCGACGCGUGGUCGUCGGUGGGGCACACGCUCGGCUCGGACGAGCAGGAGUCGACGACGGUCGGCGAGGCACCGGCGGCGCCGUCUACCGACGAGGUACAGCAGCGCACGCUCACGUUCUGGCGCGACGGCUUCAGCAUCGAGGACGGCGAGCUGUACCGCUACGACGCGCCGGGCAACCAGGAGCUCCUGGCCGCUAUCCACGCCGGCCGCGCGCCCGUCAGCCUGUUCAACGUGUCGUAUGACCAGCCCCUCGAGCUCGUCGUCCAGCAGCGCACAGGCGAGGACUACAAGCCCGCGCCCAAGGUCUCCAAGCCCUUCUCGGGCGGCGGCAACCGCCUCGGCUCGCCCGUGCCUGCUGUCGCUGGCGCCGGGUCGUCGUCGUCAUCGACGGCAGCAGCGCCAACGCCUGCGGCGAGCACGCCCGCCGCAACGGCGACGCCGAGCAUCACGGUCGACGCGUCCAAGCCCGCCACGAGCGUCCAGCUCCGCCUCGCCGACGGCAGCCGCCUCGUCGCGCGCGUAAACCUCGACCACACGGUCGCCGACCUGCGCGCGUACGUCGCGGCCUCGCGCCCCGAUCCACGCCCCUUCAUCCUCCAGACUACCUUCCCGUCGCGCGAGCUCAAGGACGCCGAGACGGUGGCCGAGGCCAAGCUCGCCAACGCUGUCGUCGUCCAGCGCUACACCUAG